GUUGUGGUGAGUGAAGCUAACACUGGAGAACUGGAGCUGGAGUCUUUCCUCCUUCCUAAUGCUUAUAUUGAGAAUGCAGUACCCCUCUCUACAUUUUAUGUUUCUACAGAUGUCAUAGAAAGGGCAUCAGGUCUUCUUUUCUUCGACAAAAUCAGCAAGAAGAAAUUCCAAAAAAUAAAUGGAAAUAAAACUGGCUGGUUUUAG